CCUCACUUAACGAUAACGACGCCGUAACCUUCCCCAGAAAGCAGGUGGGUCUGUCUCGACUGCGCCAUCAUACCCAUCAAUAUAAAUACAAAUACAGAUAGAAAUAUAAACAACAUAUAAAUCUAAAGAAGAAAAAUUCUUUGACCACACAAAAAAUUAACUAACUUUAUUCAUUCAAUCCUAAAACUGAUUGAUUUUUUGUCAAGAUUUUAUAGUUUAGGGUUUCUGUAAGCUUGGCUGUUUUUUGUUGAAGUUUAAUUACUCUAUUGUUAAUAUAUUCAUAUUAAAAGAAAAAUCAAUGGGAUCCCAUUUUGAACAAUGGGAAAAAGAUCCGUUCUUUACUGCCGCAGAAGAAGUUCAAGAAUCUGCUGACAGGAUGGAAUCAAGUUAUAGAACUUUAAUUCAUGCUUUAAAGGAACCAAAUUUAUGGAAAGUAGAAGAACUUAAAAGGGAUUUAAGAAUUGCUCUUGGAACCGCUAAAUGGCAGUUGGAUGAAUUUGAAAAAGCUGUUGGAAAAAGCUAUAGUAAAUUAUCAUGUAACGAUACAAAAACGAGGCAUCGUGAAUUUAUUACUGCAAUGGAGAUUCAAGUUUCUAAGGUGGAAAAGUGUUUGGAUGAAUCUGCGGGUUCUACUGGAAAGCCGCCUCGGCCAUGGGUACAUCUUAAUGAGGGAGAAAGCGAUGAGCUUGCAUUGUUUCUUUCAGGGAAACCUGCGGAAGUUUGUGUGGGUGAUGACCAGUCAACGUCUGAAUGCUUGAAAGAUAACGGGAACAAGUUCUCUAAGCAUAGAAGGACAGCUAGUGCUGAUGCUGACAUUGGUACGUGGAUCAUUGCGGUAGGUGAUGAUGUUUCUGUUAAUGGUGUUGAUGAGAAAACUGAACUGCCUAGGAAAAUACCGAGUUAUUCUGGUUUUUUAAAUACAAUGGAGUCUGCAGCGAAGUUACCGUGGUCGAAGAAUGGUUACAGGAAAUUGAAGUUCGUAGAUCAUGCUAAAUUGCCUGAGACGCAGCCUGUGAGCAGAGGUAUUAAUGCAUGCUAUGAAAGGAGUAAGAGCUGUCUUGAGACUGAUGAUGAUUGUUACCAGAAGCAACUAUAUGGGUGGUAUGGUGCAAUUCAACGACAGGUUCAAAGGUCACAGUACUAUGUGCAGUAUGGUCGGUCUACUCAAAUGGUAUUUUGGGUUCUUGUCCUGAUUUUAUUGUUCGUUGUUACAGUGCAUGUGAUCUGAACUCUGAAGCAAAGAUAUGUCCUUAGUUGCAGCGAAUUCCAGAAUACAUAUACCGUAAAGAACACAAAUUCAACAUUUAGAGAUAAGCAUGGUUCUAAAUAACCUUGCCACUCCCACAUUCCUGCACCGAUCCACUUUUGAUAUAUAAUAAGCAAAUGGUUUGCUGGUGGGGUGAGAAAAUAUAACCUCUUGCCCCUGUUUUGGAUAUGCAUUUGUACAGAUUUAAUUUGUUGUAUUUUCUCAUGUAAUGUAAACUAUAGAUGCUUUAGGACCAAUUGUUUUAAUUGUAAUAGUUCUCCCACUUAGACACGAUCUUCGAGACGCUGUACAUUCUGGGUUCAUGUAUUAGUGAUCUAUGUAGUUAUUCUUGUAUCA